UUUUUGCAUAGGCUUGUGCAAUAUUGUGAGGAAGUGAACAAGCAAUAUUCUACUGAACCAGUGGUCGUUGUUUUUGUAAUCAAGAGAAUUACGGAUAGCGUAAUGACCAAAACCACAAAGGACCGCAAGCAAAAAUUCCUACUUAAAUUGCCAAGUUAUCCAUGGGACAAAAAAUGUUUAUUUCUCACUGGUUACUCCAUCCACGACCAUUUGAAUACCACUCCCUUACACCCACUGGUUGCUCUAGGUGCAUUUUUAACAGCUCAAAAGGUAUCUAUUCUUGAUCACGAUCAACGAGACGAUCCAAUUAUCCAGCAAAUUGGUGGCAUAUCCAAACGCGUUAUUGGACACGUGGUCACCCGUGAAAAAACGACAGUUGAUGAUCUUUUGGGAGUGUGUGAUAUCACUCAAUCUAAAUUCCAAAAAGGAAAAGAAAUUCUACAAGAUCUACCAGACAACAACAUAAAAAAGCGUGCUAUUGACUGCCUGAAUGAAGGAUUAGACAUCAUAAAAACAUAUAAGGCUAAAUAU